GGGACCAGAUCAGUGGCCGUUCCACGGCGCUGGCGAGUCUGGGACUAGGGCUGGAGAGAUCGCCGGUGAGCAUCGUCACCACUCCAGCACCGAGCCUCGUCUGGCCGAACACUGCGCCGUGCACUCGUCGGGAUUGCACAACAUUCCUGAGAAAUAUACCUGCUAUUUAUGGCAUGUGGCUGGUAACUUUAUUCCUGCUGUAUUCUUUACAAGAAGUGAACAGUGAGGAUGUGGUCUCGACGCGGCUGUACUUUGUAAACGCCUCCCUGCAGCGGGUGACCUUCUCCAGCUCGGUUGGGGUGUCCCUGCCCUGCCCUGCGGGCGGCGCACCCCAUGCCGUCCUGCGCUGGUACCUGGCCACCGGCGACGACAUCUACGACGUGCCCCACAUCCGCCACGUGCACGCCAACGGCACCCUCCAGCUCUACCCUUUCUCGCCCUCCGCCUUCAACAGCUACAUCCAUGACAACGACUACUUCUGCACCGCAGAGAACCAGGCCGGCAAGAUCCGCAGCCCCAGCAUCCGCAUCAAAGCAGUGUUCAGGGAGCCCUAUACGGUUCGGGUGGCAGACCAGCGGUCCAUGCGGGGCAACGUGGCCGUGUUCAAGUGCCUCAUCCCCUCGGCCGUGCAGGAGUACGUCAGCGUGGUGUCCUGGGAGAAAGACACCGUCUCCAUCGUGCCAGGGAACCGUUUCUUCCUGACGUCGUUUGGGGCCCUAUACAUAUCAGAGGUCCAGAAGGAAGAUGCCCUGUCCACCUACCGCUGCAUCACCAAGCACAAAUACAGUGGCGAGACUCGCCAGAGCAACGGAGCCAGGCUCUCUGUUAUGGACCCUACGGAGUCCACCCCCUCAGUGUUGGACAGUUUCCAGUCCGGGGAGGUCCAGGUGGGGCGUAAUGUGGAGCUGCCCUGCAUCGCCUCGGGGUAUCCCAACCCCACCAUCCGCUGGCUGAAGGACGGACGCCCGUUGCCCGCCGACUCCCGCUGGACGCGCCGUCUCACGGGCCUGACGGUCAGCGACCUGCGUCUGGGCGACAGCGGCAACUACAUCUGUGAGGUCACCAACAGCUUCGGCUCUAAAGAGGUGACCGGUCAUCUUAACGUCAUCGAGCCGUUGAGAGUGACUCUAUCUCCUAAGAACCUGAAGACGGGCAUCAGCAGCACGGUGAUCCUGUCGUGUGCCGUGCAGGGUUCUCCCCACUUCACCCUGUCCUGGUACCGCAACACAGAACCCGUCCUCCCCGACCAGCACUUCUCCAUCCAGGGGGCCCACAACGAGACCCUGUUCAUCUCCGCUGCCCAGAAGAGACAUUCGGGAGCCUACCAGUGCUUCGCCACCCGCAAGGGCCAGACCGCACAGGACUUCUCCAUCAUACUGCUGGAGGAUGGUACGCCCCGUAUCGUGUCCUCCUUCAGUGAGCGAGUGGUGGUCCCAGGGGAACCCUUCUCCCUCAUGUGCGCUGCCAAAGGUGCCCCUCCCCCCACCAUCACCUGGACUCUGGAUGAUGAGGCUGUGGCCAGGGACCCGUCUCGGGUGAGGGCCAGCCAGUACACGCUGUCGGACGGCUCCACCGUGUCCCAUGUCAACGUCAGCAGCCCGGAGAUCCGCGACGGAGGGGUGUAUCGCUGCGCCGCACGCAACUCGGCCGGUAGCGCCGAGUACCAAGCGCGCAUAAACGUAAGAGGUUCUCCCAGGAUCAGGGAUAUGCGUAACAUCACGGCGGUGGCUGGGAGGAACACCUUUAUAAACUGCCGUGUGAUUGGCUAUCCCUACUACUCAAUCAAGUGGUACAAGGAGGGGCUUCUGCUGCCCGACAACCAUCGUCAGGUGGUGUAUGAGAAUGGUACUCUGAAGCUAAGUGAUGUCCAGAAGGUCUUGGACGAGGGGGCGUACCUAUGCAGUGUGCUCAUCCAACCACAGAUCUUCAUCAGUCAGACCGUCUACGUCCAAGUCAAAGUGCCCCCUCUGAUCCAGCCCUUUGACUUCCCCCCCACCUCCAUUGGGAAGCUGAUGUACAUCGCCUGCGUGGUGUCGUCUGGCGACAUGCCCAUCCACAUCACCUGGCGUAAGGACGGCCAGGAGAUCGUGCCCUCGUCCGGCGUCAACAUCGAGACCAAGGAGUACAUGAGCUCGCUGCAGAUCGGCAAGGUGUCGCUCAAGCACAACGGCAACUACACCUGCAUUGCUAGUAACGACGCCGCCACCGUCAGCUCUGAGAGGCAGCUCACUGUCACAGUGCCCCCUCAGUUUGUGGUCCAGCCCAAUAAUCAGGAUGGGAUCUACGGCAAGGUGGGGGUCCUCAACUGCUCCGUGGACGGAUACCCCCCUCCCAAAGUCAUGUGGAAGCACGCCAAAGGUACAGGGAACCCGCAGCAGUACCACCCAGUGCCUCUGACCGGUCGGAUCCAGAUCAUGGGGAACGGCUCUCUGCUGAUCCGUCACGUCCUGGAGGACGACCGGGGAUACUACCUCUGCCAGGCCUCCAACGGCGUGGGCUCCGACAUCAGCAAGAGCAUGGUCCUGACCGUCAAGAUCCCAGCAAUGAUCACGUCGCACCCCAACACCACCAUGGCCAUUAAGGGACAGAUUAAGGAGCUGAACUGCACAGCGAGGGGGGAAUGGCCUAUCAUCAUCCGUUGGGAGCGUGGUGACACGGUCAUCGACCCCGACCGUAACCCACGCUACGCCAUCACCACCAGCCCCAACGAGAAGAGUGAUGAAGUAUUGUCUACGCUGAAGCUGAAGCCAGCAGAACGUGGUGACUCGGUCUUCUUCUCCUGCCAUGCCAUCAACUCAUAUGGAGAGGGCCGGGGACUCAUCCAGCUCACUGUGCAAGAGCCCCCAGACCCUCCAGAGUUGGAGGUGAGGGAGGUGAAGGAUCGGAGUAUGAACCUGCGCUGGACCCAGAGAUUUGACGGCAACAGCAUCAUCACCAGCUACGACAUUGAGUACAAGAACAAGACCGAUCCAUGGGAGUUAAAGCAUGCCACCCGUAAGAUCUCUCCCACCAAUAACCAGGCCAACAUCGUGGAUCUACACCCUGCCCAAGUCUACAGCAUCCGCAUGUUCUCCUACAACAAGAUCGGACACAGUCAAGCCAGCAAGGAGCUCACCAUCAGCACAGAGGAAGCACAGCCUGAUGGUCCUCCUAUGGAGGUUUUCCUCCAGCCUAUGACCUCGCAGAGCAUCCGCGUCACCUGGAAGGCCCCCAGGAAGGAGCUUCAGAACGGGGUGAUCCGGGGUUACCAGAUUGGUUACCGUGAGAACGGGCCUGGCAGUAACGGCCAGUACAGUAUCGUGGAGAUGAAGGCUACGGGGGACAGUGAGGUGUACACCCUGGACAACCUGAAGAAGUUUGCCCAAUAUGGAGUGGUGGUCCAGGCCUUCAACAGGGCCGGCACAGGCCCCUCCAGCUCUGAGAUCAACGCUACCACACUGGAAGAUGUGCCCAGCCAGCCGCCCCAGACCGUGCGGGCCAUCUCGGUGACAUCCGACGAGGCGGUAAUCACCUGGGCGGAGCCCCCACGUCUGACACUGCACGGCGUGCUGAAGGGUUACCGUGUGGUCUUCUGGUCCCUCUUCCCCGACGGAGGUGGGUGCUGUGGGGGCCCGACGUACCCGCACGCACGGGCACAGGGCCACGCGCAGAAAUGGGGAGAGAUGCAGAACAUCACGACAUCUCGUGAGCAGGUGGAGCUGAGAGGGCUGGAGAAGUUCACUAACUACAGUGUGCAGGUGCUGGCCUACACACAGGCUGGGGACGGGGUCAGGAGCAAUGUGCUGUACAUCCAAACCCGCGAGGACCACCCUGGCCCCCCGGCUGGCAUCAAAGCUGUGCCCUCAUCCACCAGCAGUGUGGUGGUUUCCUGGCUACCCCCGCACAAGCCCAAUGGAAUCAUCCGCAAGUACACCAUCUACUGCUCCAGCCCCGGAUCAGGCCAACCGGCCCCCAGUGAGUACGAGGCCAACCCCGAGCUGCUGUUCUACCGGGUCACCCACCUGAACCGGGGACAGCAGUACCUCAUCUGGGCCGCCGCUGUCACCACCGCCGGACGGGGGAACAUCAGCGACAAGGUCACUGUGGAGCCUGCUGGGAAGGCCCCAGCUAAGAUCCUAUCGUUCGGCGGUACAGUGACCACUCCCUGGAUGAAGGAAGUGAGGCUACCCUGCAGCUCAGUGGGCGAACCCACCCCCACCAUCAAAUGGACCAAAGACAGUGAGGACACGGCUAUCCCGGUGACUCUGGACGGUCAGAGGCUCAUCAUGGCCAAUGGCACACUGAUCCUGCGCUCUGUGAAAGCUGAGGAUUCUGGGUAUUACACGUGCACGGCCACCAACACGCUGGGCUUUGACACCAUCAUUGUCAACCUGCUGGUGCAAGUUCCUCCAGACCAGCCCCGUCUGACUGUCUCCACCACCUCCACCUCCUCUAUCACCCUGGCCUGGAUCCCUGGGGACAACGGAGGAUCCUCCAUCAGAGGUUUCGUGCUGCAGUACUCGGUGGACAACAUGGAGGGUUGGAGGGAUGUGUUCAUCAGUUCCAGUGAGAGGUCCUUCAAGCUGGACAACCUACGCUGUGGCACCUGGUACAAGGUCAAACUGGCCGCCAAGAACAGCGUGGGAGCGGGACGCAUCAGUGAAAUCAUCGAGGCUAAGACCCACGGACGAGAGCCCCAGUUCAAUAAGGAACAGCCAGUGUUCACCCACGUCAACUCUACCCACGCCCGGCUCAACCUGCAGGGCUGGGCGAGCGGUGGCUGCCCCAUCACGGCCGUGCUGCUGGAGUUCAGACCUAAGGGCAACUGGGCGUGGCAGAACGUGCGCACCAACGCCACGGCCGACGUGUUCCUGGCUGAGCUCCGCGAGGCCACCUGGUACGAGCUGAAGAUGAAGGCUUGUAACAGCGCCGGCUGCGGGAACCAGAGCUCUCAGUUCGCCACGCUGGACUACGAUGGCACAGGUACCAUCCCUCCCAUCAAGUCAGCGCGGCCGGAGGGCGACGACGUUAAGAAGCUCUUCUCCAUCGGCUGCCCUGUCAUCCUAGUCACUCUGGUCGUCGCCCUGCUCUUCAUCAUCCGCAAGAAACGCAAAGAGAAGAGACUGAAGCGACUGAGAGAUGCCAAAAGCCUGGCUGAGAUGCUGAUCAGCAGUAAGAAUAACCGGAGCUUUGACACCCCUGUGAAGGGGCCCCCCCAGGGCCCCCGACUCCACAUCGAUAUCCCCAGAGUCCAGCUGCUCAUCGAGGACAAGGAGGGCAUCAAACAGAUCGGUGAAGACAAAGCCACCAUCCCAGUGACGGACACAGAGUUCAGCCAGAAUGUGAAUCCACAGAGCUUCUGUACGGGUGUGUCUGUGCAUCACCCCGCCCUCAUCCAGAACACCGGCCCUCUGAUUGAUAUGUCCGAUAUCAGACCAGGGACCAACCCGGUGUCGAGGAAGAGCGUGAAGUCGGCCCACAGUACGAGGAACCGCUACUCCAGCCAGUGGACCCUGACCAAGUGCCAGUCGUCCACGCCCGCCCGUACCCUCACCUCUGACUGGCGCACCGUGGGCUCCCAGCAUGGCAUCACCGUCACCGAGAGCGACAGCUACAGCGCCAGCCUUUCACAGGACACGGAUAAGGGGCGUAACAGCAUGGUGUCUACAGAGAGUGCGUCGUCCACCUAUGAGGAGCUGGCGCGGGCCUACGAACACGCCAAGCUUGAGGAGCACCUGCAGCACGCCAAGUUUGAGAUCACUGAGUGCUUCAUCUCAGACAGUUCCUCAGACCAGAUGACCACGGGCACCAACGACAACGCCGACAGCAUGACCUCCAUGAGCACGCCGUCCGAGACGGGCCUGUGUCGCUUCACCGCCUCGCCACCCAAACCCCAGGACUACGACCGCGGCAGACCUACCAACGUAGCCGUGCCCAUCCCCCACCGCGCCAACAAGAGCGAGUGGACUGGCAAAAGUGACUACUGUAACCUUCCCCUCUACAUGAAGACAGACCCUUUCUUCCGGAAGCAGUCGGAGCAGCAUGACCCGUGCCCGGUGGUGCCGCCCCGUGAGGCCUCCAUCCGCAGCCUGGCCCAGCGGGCGUACCACACCCAGGGCCGCCACAUGACUCUGGACUCCUCCAAGCAGCAGCAGGCUCUGACUGUGGGCCACGCUGGCCUGGCCGGCCUCAGCGGCUCAGGGGGAGCAUCAGGGGGUGGUAGUGGUGUAGGAGGGGCGACUGGAGGGCCUUCUGGUGGUUCCAGCACCACCUCCCUGUCUCAGAGGACUCUCACCAUGCCCGGUUCCUCCUCUUCCUCUGCCCAGAGCGCCGCUGCUGCCGCUACCGCCUCGGCCAGCGGGGGAGCCACGGGGGGAGACUCCAGAGACUCUCUGCUGGAGAGCAGCUCGUCAGGCCUGGGCAGACUAGAGAGACAGAAGCAGGCGGCUGGCGGGGCCUACUCCAAAUCUUAUACACUGGUGUAGCUGGAGCCGCCACUGGUGUAGAUGUUGGAGCCUUGGGAAGGGUUAGGGGCCACACAGACACACGUACACACACCUGGCGCCUGCACUGUCAGGCCAAAGGGGCCGCUAGGCAGGGGCCAGAUUGGGGUUUUUAUAGCACAGGAGUUCGUCUUCUUUCUGCCAGUUUGUGUUUUCUCUGUCUAUCCUUUUCUCUCUCUGUCUCGUUUUCUUCCCCUCUCUAUCUAUUUUUUAAAUUUUAUCUUCCCUGGAAAUAACUUGCCAAACGCAACAUAAUUGUAAUAUUUGUUUUUUCAAACUUUUUUUUCUCUCUCUCUUUCUCUCUCGUUAUCUGUUAAGACACCUCAGAACUUAUGCACAAAAUACUUUCCAUGUGCACUUCUUUUCUUGAAUUCAGAACGGUAAACGGAAAAAAAAAAAAUAUAUUUAGAGUUUCACAUAAACCUGUCUAGAUGUUUUAGGCUGUUUUACGUGUUCCUUUUCAUAUCUCUGAACAGAGAGUUCAGAAUUCAUACAGCAGCGCAUUGCCACGGAAAGUGCUUAUGCAUAAACCAACAACCUUGGUGUCUGUCUCUGGCCCUCCAAAGCCAUCCCGGUAGGGACUCACACAAACAGGUAACAGACUGUGGUUUCAACGACGAUGUUGGAGGAGUCUGGGGGGAUUUUUUUCACGCAAUUCAUGACACGGCAUAGAGUGUUGAUGACUCUUUUAUAGGACACCAGGAAACGGAGCGAGGGGGAAAAAACUGGAAUCGUCCUCACACGAAAGAUGAAUCUGAACUGUUUUUGGUUUUUUUUACAUUUUAUUCCUCUUUUGGAAUAUAUAUACUCAUGUGCAUUAAAAGAGGGUAGAAUGGAUUCACAGAACCUUCACAAGCCUGUGUGUGUGUGUGUGCGUGUAUAUGUGUAAAUAUGUAUACAUGUGGCUGGCACACACCUGCAGUGGACCUUUUUAAUCAAUCUGUAUGCUGACUCCUUGGCGGAGGCGUGAGUUGAAAACCUCCUGUCCAUCUGCUACUGACAGUGUUUUGGGGACGAUGAUGUCACACUGUAUGACGUCACAUGUCGGUCUCUCCCUUCUGGACUGUGUGAUUGACACUGGCAGCAUCGCCUUGGAGACAAUGAGUUGAUUUGCUGUGCAUUAGAGGUGCCACCCCUCCUCUUGGUCCUCUCUCUCGUUCUCUCCGUCCCCCUGAAGCAGGAAGAAGACCCUUUGUUCUGUCGUUAAUUCGCGCUUGGUGCCAGACACCCCCAUUCCUUCAUACUGCCCCUCGGUCUACCCAAACCCCUGUAACCCUUCCCCAUCACCCCACACCCCCACCCUCCAUACUCCACCCCGUCCAUACAGUCUCACUGUGACCUUCUAGCACACUCUGCUAGGCAGACAGACAUUUAUGACAAUAGUUGGGACUGACUGACAAAUGGACUGCAAGACAACAGAAAGACUGACUGAUAAAAGAUGAAACAGAUGAAAAGAUGGAUGGAUGAACAAGUUUCAGAUUGAAACAGAGGAGAAUGUACAAACAUGAUAAUGCAGCGAGGAACAUUGAUUUCCAGGGAGAGAUGGAAAGAUAAGGCCGACAAAGGAGUUGUGUAAGUGUUUAGGGAAGGAUGAAAGAGAUGGCAGGUGAACAUGAGUUAUUCUUAUGAAAUGAAGUGGUCUCCAGAAUAAAUAUGUUGUCGAAGGCCCCCCCCAUCCCACUAAAACGUGUUUAAACUUAUUGUUGGGUUCUGUUGACGUUUCUGUUAUUAUUUAUAUUGUUCAUUAUACACCCAAAGCUUAGCCCCAUGACAAAGAAACGUCCUAAAAAAAUAAAAAUAAUUGCUCACAAUAUUUGCAAUGGAACAUUUCAAAUCAGGGCUCUCACAAUAUAUAAAAAAAAAUAUAUACAAUAUUUGUUGUCAAAGAUGUGUACAUAUAUAUUUAUAUCUAAAUAUAUAGCAAAUAUAUAACUAUUGAAUAACGUAGAGAGAUAUAAAGUCAUCGUAAUGAAAAAAUAUAUAAAAAGUGAGACAAUCGCUCAGUGGAUGAAGCCGUAGGUUAGGAGGAAGAUGAGAAAGUGGGUCGAAGAAUGGGAAACGGCUAGCACAACCAAGAAAGAUAUAGAUGAAAUAGAGAGCGAGCUACAGUAUCUGAGGCCGAGUUUGGGGAUGUGAACAUUGAUGCCAUGGUCUCAUGGGCGUUUGCCCCUGUGCCAGGUACAUAGGUAGCUACAGUGCAGGAGCACAACUACACCAAACAUGCCAUUCAGGAUGCAAAGUGUCUAAGUAGUUAAUGAUGGGUAGUACCUUAGCCAGUGAGGUCCGUUGCAAACUAAUGCUGUCGAUUUAGCAUUUUGUAAUGGUCAGAAUGCCUUGUGGUCUGUGAACCCAAUGGCAGCCAGUGUGGUUACUGUGUCUAAUAACAUCAGACCGGUGGUUGAUUUGGUUUGGAGUUGCCCCUGUGGUCCACUGUGGUGAAGAAUAGACACUGCUGUCAUUUUGUGAUCAGAAUGUUUUUUUGUGGUCAGUGAGGUAAAGUGUGUUCAUUGCGGUCAGCACAACCCUCUUUUAAUUGUAUUCUGUGGAAAGGGUGAGGGACAUCACUAACAUGAGAAAGGAAGAUUUCAGGGAACCUCUAACCGUUUAUAAGUACUUGUAGUGGAUAGUUAGUGUGUAGCAGCUUCAGAGCUGAGUCACUUAGCUGAGGCAACAUCCACUGUUGAUUUCAGCUCAGAGCCUAACCCUGGCAGAACUAACCCUGGCACAACUAACCCUGGCACAUGGGGAUUCAGGUAACUGUGGUGGGCAAUGCCAAGGCACCAACCCACCUUCUUAUUGUCUACAUCCCCAAAUCUAAGGCCAACUUAAAAGUAUGACCCUACUUCAGGUGUUAAGAGAGUGCAAAGGGUGGAACCAAAUGUAACCUGUUGUAUUGCACCUUCCGAAGGUGUGUUCUGUUGACAACCUCCAUGACGUCUCAUGACUGAACUUAGUGAAGACAGCACAUAGUGACCUCUGUGUUUUACCGUUGUCAUUAUGUCCCUGCACAGUACUCCUAUUCCGGACAUACAUAUAACUGUUAUAACUGAGAACACUCACGCUCCCUGCCUGUUGCAGACAGUGAACAGGCAGGGAGCGUUUGCAGAGAGAAGAAUCUUUUCUUUCCGUUGAUAUUAUUAUGGUACUCUUUUAUUUUGCUUUGGCUGCCUUGGUUAUGCAAUUAUCUUGAAACGGUUUGAGACGCACAGUGGCGUCACGUGAAGGGGCAGGCCUGUCUAGCCAAUUGAAAUCAGGGACUCCCUAGCUCCAACCAAUCACAGGAAAAGCUGUGUGCAUAUUGGGUGGGGUCAGGAAUCAAACUCCCUCCCCAACCUACCCUAACCUUUGCCCCACCUAUUUGACUAACCAGACCAUCUUUUUCACCUGGUAAUAACAUGUGUCUUGUGAUCAGAUUUGACCCAAAAUGUCUACUCCAGCCCAAUUUGAUCGGGUAUGACCGGAUGUGACCAAAGAUCCAUUCCCAGGACACAUGUUAACACCAGGUCUAAAGGGGGUCUCAGAUUACCCCCUCCCUGCACCUCCUGCCACAACAGCAUUGCUACCCCACUAUUAAAGACUCUUGUACAUAGCAAAGUGUUUUGUAUAAAUACGUACUAUUUUCAACAUCUCCAGAUGAAACCAGGGCACAAUGUAAAUGUUGAUUAAAGUUAUAACUUGAAACAGGAGAGGGUUAAAGAAAAUUAUAGAAUUAUAGUAACACUGCUUACAAUUACAGUUUUGAAUGGGGCAACAACAACAACAAAAAAAUCCAGAGUGGACCACAUAUCGGCUUUCACAAUUGGUUCCUCUUUUUCAAGAGGUUUUGUUGAGUUCAUUUUUGGGAGCCAUUGAUUGCUUUGUAUUGAUUUUCUUUUUUGUAGUAUUUUUUAUUUUUAUUUCUGUUGAGGAAAAACGGCAUUGCAUGCUCUGAAUAUUUUGCUGGUUAUAAAAAGGAAAAUGGAGAAACAAACACGAGAAAGGGGUGAGGGGAAAAAAGCAUUCCUAAACUUUUAUGGAAACGUUGCUUCAAUUUGCAAUUGCUUGUUUAACUCCACGGUUUUUUUUUCUAUGAAAACAAACAAAACUAGAAAAAGAGUACUCCAACACCUUGUGCAAUAAAGCUAUCUUUCUAUGA